AGGCGGGAGGGAGGCGACAACAAUAACAACAAUGGUGGUGUUUUUAGUUCCGAUUAUUUACAACUUGUUGUCAGAUCGUAGUGACACCCCCUAAUCUUCUCAGACCUCCCCCACCGGUUACUUCUUUCUCCUCAUGGUCGUGGAGUCGGCGCGUAGGAGCCGAGGACCAAUAUGGAGCGUGUGCCUUUAAGACUUGAAACUGACGCCUUGUGUUAGCCCACACACACGCACACGCACACGCAUACACUGUCCGAACCGAACCACUCGAAAAGAAACGACUUCUUUGGGCAUCCUGGUGUUCCAGUGCCGCGCAGGCGAGCCGUCAGGAUGAGGUCUGGUCAGCUGAUCCAUCCCGCCUCUGCCGCCACCACCACGCUCCUCUUCCUCCUCUCGGCGCUGUCUCUCACCUCCGGCUGCAACAAAGCUCUGUGCGCCAGUGACGUCAGCAAGUGUCUCAUCCAGGAGUUAUGCCAGUGUCGCCCAACCGACGGCAACUGUUCAUGCUGCAAGGAGUGCAUGCUGUGCCUGGGCAACCUGUGGGAGGAGUGUUGCGACUGCGUAGGGAUGUGCAACCCCAAGAACUACAGCGACUCUCCGGCCACAUCCAAGAGCACAGUCGAGGAGCUGCACCGGCCCAUCCCAUCGCUUUUCCGCGCCCUCACUGAGGGCGACGCCCCCGUCAACAUGAUGGUGGUCUCCUUCCCCGUGGCCGAGGAGCUGUCCCACCACGAGAACCUGGUCUCCUUCCUGGAGUCGCUGGACGGCCCUCACCAGAACGUGUCGGUGCCCUCCAACAGCAUCCACGCCAGCUAUGACGCACAAGAGAACAUGUGCACGGUGGUGUACUUUGACGACUGCGUGUCCAUCCGCCAGUGCAAAUUGUACUGCGAGUCCAUGGGGGGCUCCAAGUACCGCUGGUUCCACAACGCCUGCUGCCAAUGCAUCGGGCCCGAGUGCAUCGACUACGGCAGCAAAGCCGUCAAAUGCAUGAACUGUCUCUUCUGAGCCUGCCCUGUCCCUUAUCCGCUCGACAGGACUCCAAGCCCCCUUUCACACUGCCAUUUUACGCCUUUUCACUGUCGCUCUUCUGUCUUAUAAGGACAGCAACGCCCAAAAUCGGUUGCAAGAAGUCAACCCAACAAUUCCCAACUCAAAGGAAUUUUCUGAAGUCACUUCUCCCGUCCUGUUGCGCUGAAAGGAUUUCAUGCAUCACACCAGACACUGGCAAUAUUCCGUCUUUUGCAGGCUCUAUCAGGGCUGUAAUAGAGGCCAGGUGCCGAAAUUCUGAAAGUUUACUCCUCAACACUUAGUUUUCCUAACCCUUUUGUGUUGAAGGCAACUGUUGCUGUCUGACAACUGUUUUAUACAUCUGAAAAUCGGAUAGCAGGAGUAUGUGUCGUGUGAAAAUCCACGAAGUCGUGUAAAUAUCCCUCCUUGGCCAGGUUUUGUGUGAAAAGGCAAUAGCAGAUAAAUAUGGGUUCUUUUGUCACAUAGCUUUGAUGCUGCAAUUUUGCUUGAAUCUCUGUCUAAAAGACAAAGCCCAAUGAAUACUGGAUAUUUUGUUGCCACUUGAUGCGGGAAUUGUGCAGGAUCUCUGUAAAAAAGGGAAAAGAUGAAAAUGUUUGACUCUACUAUUCUUGUUCUGGUGCGGAAAUUCAGCUGAAAAAGGUGGAUAAAUUCCAGCUGUUUCUGUCAUGCCGCCAGUGGAGGAAUUUUACAGGAGCUUUGUGUAAAAGCCCCCUCAAAUAAAAGGAAA